AUGGCCGGGCGCAGGCGCAGGGCGUCCACAUCCAGCGUGGAAACCGUCGACAACUCGCAAAUUCGCUGGCGCAAAGAAACCUCGGUCGUGAAAUCGGUUCCAAAAGGCACAUCGUUGGAUGACUGGCCAGUAUUUGAGCUACAAGACGCCAUAGUCCUCAAUAAAGAUGGCGAGACCAUUGAAAAUGCCCUCCAUGUCAGCCACCGCGGCCCAUUUAUCGUCAAGGGCAAUCUCAUAAUUGACGAUCCUUCACAAAAAGCCAAUCUUCUCAUGCGAGUACGCUCCUCCACCCCGCUCGAGAUUCGACGAUGCACUUCCUACUCUAUUGGAGAAUCAGAAGAUGGAAGACCGUUGAUCUGGGUCUCGGGGCAAGGAGGCUGGUACGAGAUUAAUCCAAGCCCGGCAUACCAAGCCACGUACAACAAGAUGUGCGAGGCUACUACCAUGUAUUACAACAUGGUUGAUAUCUACGCAGAAGAUCCACCGAAGAAGCCGAAGCGGGGAAAGAACUCUUCCAUGAUGGAUGAGCUGGCGCAAGUAUUUCACAAGUACGCGGCUCGAGUCGGUGAUGGCGCAACGUUGGAAGAGGUUAUUCAAAGGGCGAACGAGCACAGCGCUUUUUUCAUCGACCAAUUCGCACAAAACCACGGACUGGUGGACAAUUGGCAAUCGACGGCGUUUUAUAAGUGGGUGAACACAGAACAUGCUGAUCUUAAAAAGAAAAUUCAAGACGCUGCUGAAAAGCUACGCCUCCAACCAUAUGCGUCCGACACAGAGCACAGUUCCCGGGAGACUGCUCGAUCACGGUCAAUAAAAAGCAGCAGCGUGGAAAUCACGGAUAGCAAGGUGUUUCAACAAAGUCAAAGACCAAAGCCACUCUCAAAAAACAGUCCUAAACCUCCGGAGAAGCCAGUUCAAGUAGACACUGCUGCAAACCCAAUUAUGCCACUUUAUGUUCGAGGUGAGCAGGACAAUGCUGCUGACUCGCCUCUGCAAUCGGUCCUCAAUGCCUUGGAGGACAUGUACCAGACAAUGGUGUCCAGCAAAAAGGGCAUGGUAUACUCAUCGACUGUCAGCAAGCUAUACUUCACAUACUCCUUCACCACCUACAGAGACAGCCGCGUAGGCUCAUAUAAACAACCCGUCCAAGACUGUCUACACUACUACUCUAAGGCACUCAUCGAAACCUUGGACCCUAAAUACCACACCCACGAAAUAUACAGCGAACUCAAAACCCUGGCGACAAAGCCCUUCCGACCACUAGCAUAUAAACCUACCGACUUCCCCAUAAGCUUCGUCCCUCGCAAGUCCCAGCCCCGGAAAGGCACCGCCUCGUCCCAGGCACCUUCCACACCCGUGGCCGACCCCCAAGACAGCAGACACGCCUCAAACAGACAAACUCCCAAACCUCAAGGAAAGUGGCCAGCACGCACUCCUGGGAAAUCCUCUCUCCGCCCCAUCGGCCGCGCCCCCAAGAAACGACCUCGUGACGAGUUCGAAGACGAGACCGAGUCAGAAUCCCCCAACAUGAAACGCUCUCAUUAUUUUGGCGACGAUGAACCCAUGGACGACCCGCCCGACAUGGAGGCGCAGACCGAAAUUGACGACGACGACGACGACGACGACGACGACGACGACGAUGAAAAGCCGCCUGACAAUGAAUCCAGAUCCCGCUUCGACGUAGAACCAAUCAAGCUUGUCAUCAGGGCCGAAAAAGUCCCCGAUUCAUCCCCCCACGGCCCCGACAAAUCAUGGACUUGCACCGAAGAAGGAUGCAACUACAUUGUCCGCGGUGGUGACGCCGAAGAAUGCGAGGAGCGGAUCCGCAAACACUUUCGCGACCACGAACAAGAGCUCACACGCAUGAAUCUAGCUAUGCGGGAGGGCUCCCGCGGCCACAUGCCCAUAAAGUAUGCCUACUUCCCACCUUUUCUCCUACUCGUCCACUUCUAUCCUCCCCUGCCAAUCCAGUCCCCUCACACACCUCCGCUCCCGGACACACAAGAAGCAGACUCCGGUCCUAGUGGACAGACUUUCAGCGCUCUAGUGGAGCAAUCUCGCAGAACGACAUGA